AUGAGGUCGCGGCAGGAGUAUCUCAAGAAGAGAGAGGCUGAGCGUCUGGCCCUGCUGAGGAGGCAAGUCGCCGAGGAGACGGCAGAGCUCAGGAGCGGCGUCAGGCUCUCAGAAAGGGAAAAGGCAGAGUUUGCAAAGAACAGAGAGCUGCUGCGCCUAGCCGAGGAGCGGCUGAGGAUCGACGACCACCAGGAUGGAUACGUGAUGCCAGAGGAUUACAUCACCGAAAAGGGCAAGCUGGACCGGAAAAAGAAGGAAGAGGCGCUGUAUAAACGCCAUGUCGAGCGGGAUGAGUACGGCCAGGAGAAGUUUGUCACUGAGCACGACGAGUGGGAGAGGGAGCAGACGACAAAGGCAAAGGCACAGAUCCAGGGCCGGGAACGGGAAAACGAAGACUACAGCUACGUCUUGGACGAUGCCCAGUAUAUCCAUUGGAGUAUGGAUUCACGGAUGCCAGGCGAGGGCAAGACUCUGACCAAGGAGCAGCAAUUUCUGGAAGCCCAGAUCGAAGCAGCAGAGAAGAAGGCCCUAUCCAUCCAGGAGACGAGGAAGAGUCUGCCCAUCUACCAGUACCGGGAUCAGUUCCUAGAAGCCUUGGAGCAGUACCAGAUUCUUGUUAUUGUGGGUGAAACUGGCAGUGGCAAGACUACUCAGCUGCCUCAGUAUCUUCAUGAGGCCGGUUAUACAAAGAACGGCAUGAAAGUUGGAUGCACACAACCCCGACGAGUGGCUGCCAUGAGUGUAGCUGCUCGUGUUGCCGACGAAGUUGGUGUCAAGCUUGGCCACGAAGUCGGCUACUCUAUCCGAUUCGAAGACUGCUCCAGCGAAAAGACGAUUCUCAAGUACAUGACGGAUGGUAUGUUACUGCGAGAAUUCAUGACUGAGCCAGACUUGGCAGGGUACUCGGCCAUCAUGAUCGACGAGGCCCACGAGCGGACAGUGCAUACCGACAUUUUACUGGCCCUGGUGAAGGAUCUGGCGAGAGAACGGAAAGACUUGAAGCUUCUCAUCUCUUCUGCUACCAUGAACGCCGAGAAAUUUGCGCAGUAUUUCGACGACGCUCCCAUCUUUAACAUCCCCGGUCGACGUUAUCCUGUUGACAUUUACUACACCCCUGCUCCCGAGGCCAACUAUCUAGCUGCAGCUAUCACAACAGUGUUCCAAAUCCAUACAACCCAGGGCAAAGGAGAUAUUCUCAUAUUCCUAACCGGACAAGACGAGAUUGAAGCCGCCGAAAUGGAAAUUGCCGAGACAGCAAAGAAGCUGGGAAAUCGCAUCAAAGAACUGGUCAUCUGUCCUAUCUACGCCAACCUGCCAUCAGAACUCCAAGCAAAGAUUUUUGAACCUACUCCAGACGGCGCACGCAAAGUCGUACUGGCAACAAACAUUGCCGAGACAAGUUUGACUAUUGACGGCAUUGUAUAUGUCAUCGACCCCGGCUACGUCAAGGAAAAUGUCUACAACCCAGCCACCGGCAUGUCGAACCUGGUCGUCGUCCCUUGCUCUCGAGCAUCAGCCAAUCAGCGGAGUGGUCGUGCCGGACGUGUAGGGCCGGGCAAGUGCUUUCGAUUAUAUACCAAGUUUGCUUAUAUGAACGAGAUGGAGGAAUCGCCGCUGCCGGAAAUCCAGCGGACAAACCUCAACGGAGUCGUGCUGCAGCUCAAGUCCCUGGGCAUCAAUGAGCUUCUGGACUUUGAGUUUAUGGAUCCACCUCCGACAGAGACUCUCAUCGGUGCCUUGAACCAGCUAUUUGCCCUCCAAGCUCUCAACCACAAGGGCGAGCUGACCAAGAUUGGUCGACAAAUGGCCGAGUUUCCGACGGAUCCCAUGCUAGCAAAGGCCGUGCUGGCAGCUGACAAAGAGGGCUGUGUAGAGGAGGUUCUCUCCAUCGUCUCCAUGCUGGGUGAAGCAUCUGCGCUCUUCUUCCGACCAAAGGACAAGAAGAUUCAUGCCGAUAGCGCCCGAAACCGCUUCACUAUCAAAGAUGGCGGUGACCACGUCACAUUGCUCAACAUUUGGAACCAGUGGGUUGACAGCGGCUUUUCACCCAUCUGGGCCAAGGAGAACUUUUUGCAGCAGCGGUCUCUAACUCGCGCACGAGAUGUGCGAGAUCAACUAGCCAAGCUCUGUGAGCGCGUCGAGGUCGCUCCCUCGACAUGUGGCGCCACCAAUCUACGACCUAUCAAGCGCGCCAUCACGGCUGGCUUCUUCCCCAACGCUGCACGCCUACAGAAGAGUGGCGACAGCUACCGGACGGUCAAGAACAGCACGACGGUGUGGAUUCACCCGAGCAGCGUGCUGAUGUCAAUAGACCCACCAGAAAAGAUGGUGAUUUACUUUGAAUUGGUGCAGACGACCAAGGAGUAUAUGCGCAGCGUAAUGCCGAUUGAGGCCGGAUGGCUAGCAGAGCUGGCGCCUCACUUUCACAAGAAAAAGGACAUUGAGGCGUUGGAGGAAAAGAAGAUGCCAAAGCAAGGGCGAUGA